CCCCGCCCCGUCCAGCUGAGCCCGGGCCCGGGUGGCGGCGGCGGCGGCGGCGAUGUGGCUGAAGCCCGAGGAGGUGCUGCUGAAGAGCGCGCUGCGGCUCUGGGUGCAGGAGCGAUGCAACCGCUUCUUCGUGCUGCAGCGGCGGCGCGGAUACGGCCAGGAGGGCGGCGGAGGGGGCGGGCUGGCCGGUCUCCUGGUUGGGACGUUGGACGCCGUCCUGGAUUCCACAUCGAAAGUGGCCCCUUUCCGUAUCUUGCACCAGACUCCGGAUUCCCAGAUUUACUGGUCUAUUGCGUGCGGAACCAGCCGAGAAGAGAUAACAGAACACUGGGAAUGGUUGGAGCGUAAUGUGAUGGAUACUCUUUCCGUCUUCGACUCCAAUGAGGACAUCGUAAGCUUUGUGCAUGGGAAAAUUCAAGGCUUAAUUGCUGAGGAGAGUAAAGGGUCUUUAGUAAGAGAAGAAGAUCCAGAGAAGUUCCGUGAAGCCCAUCUGAAGUUUGAGAAGUGUUUUGGGUUGGCCGAACAGGAGAAACUCGUGACUUACUACUCAUGUAGCUAUUGGAGGGGCCGGGUGCCCUGCCAAGGCUGGCUCUAUCUGAGCACCAACUUCCUCAGCUUUUACUCGUUCCUGCUGGGAGCCGAGAUCAAGCUCAUAAUAGCCUGGGAUGAGAUCUCCAAACUUGAAAAGACCUCCACUGUGAUCCUGACCGAAAGCAUCCAUGUUUGUGCCCACGGAGAGGACCAUUACUUCUCCAUGUUUUUGCACCUGGGUGAGACCUUCCUCCUCAUGGAACAGCUGGCUCUCUACGCCGUCCGGAGACUCUUCGACAAGGAGGGGUUCGAAGCUGACCCGGUCCUCUGCGAUCCCUUGCAAAUCACUAAGAGAGGACUGGAGAACCGGGCCCAUAGCGAGCAGUUCAACGCCUUCUUCAGGCUGCCCAGCGAGGAGACGUUGCGGGAGGUCCACGAGUGUUUCCUGUGGGUGCCCUUCAGCCACUACCACGCCCUGGGGAAGAUGUGCCUCUCGGAGAACUACGUCUGUUUCGCCAGUCAAGAUGGCUGCCUGUGCUGUGUCAUCCUCCCCACGAGAGAGAUCACUUCAGUUGAGGUCGCUGACCACGCCUGCAAGGCCAUCACUGUCGCUACUAAAGGAUCGCGGACUUUCCGUUUCUCGGAAGUGAGGGAUUUUGAAGCUCUGGUGGAAAAGCUCAGGACCAGGUGCAGUGCGGCACCAAGCCCCCAACACAGCGUGAGUGCGGAGGCCAGGGUUAGCUCAGAGACCACCACCGUCUGGGAGGACUUCGAGGGGCAGCCGAUGGCCAGCCACAAAGGCAGCAGCACCACGGUUAGCACAGAAGCCCUGAUGACCGUCUUUCACCCUCAGGAUGCGGAGAACCUGGAUUCAAAGAUGUUAAAAGAAAAAAUGAAAGAGCAAUCCUGGAACAUCCUUUUCAUAGAGUGCGGACGGGGCGUGAGUAUGUUUCAGACGAGGAAAACCCGGGACUUGGUUCUCCGAGGAAUCCCUGAAGUCUUAAGAGGAGAACUUUGGCUUCUGUUCUCAGGUGCCGUCAAUGACAUGGCAAGCCAUCCCGGCUACUACUCGGAGCUGGUAGAAAAAUCUUUUGGGACCUGCACCCUGGAGACAGACGAAAUCGAGCGGGACCUGCGGCGCUCGCUGCCCGAGCACCCCGCCUUCCAGAGCGACACGGGCAUUUCGGCCCUCCGGAGAGUCCUCACCGCCUACGCCUACCGGAACCCCAAGAUCGGCUACUGCCAGGCCAUGAAUAUACUGACGUCGGUGCUGCUCCUUUACGCCAAAGAAGAGGAAGCCUUUUGGCUGCUGGUGGCUGUCUGCGAGCGGAUGCUGCCCGACUAUUUCAACCGCCGAAUCAUCGGCGCCUUGGUCGACCAGGCCGUGUUUGAGGACCUGAUCCGCGAAUAUUUACCUCAGCUGACGGAGCACACGACCGACAUGACUUUCUUCUCCUCCGUCUCCCUCUCCUGGUUCCUCACCCUCUUUGUCAGCGUGCUGCCCAUCGAGAGCGCCGUCAACGCGGUCGAUUGCUUUUUCUACGAUGGGAUCAAGGCCAUCUUGCAGCUGGGCCUGGCCGUGCUGGACUACAACCUGGAGAAGUUGCUGGCGUGUAAGGAUGACGCGGAAGCAGUCACCGUGCUCAGCAGGUUUUUUGAGAGCGUGACCAACAAGGACAGUCCGUUGCCUCCAGCGGUUCAACAGGCCUCUGGGGUGAACGAAAACAGAAGCCCCCACCCCAAAGUGGACAUCACAGACCUAAUUCGAGAGUCCAACGAGAAAUAUGGUGAUAUCCGAUUUGAAGAAGUAGAAAGCAUGCGACGUCGCAACAGACUGUAUGUCAUCCAAACCUUGGAAAUCACAACUAAGCAGAAUGUGGUGACUUUUACCGAAGUGGAAUCUCUCAUGCCUUUGAAAGGGGCCCAACUCUCUAAAGAAGAAUUGAUCCAUUUCAGUCAACUAAGCGUCUCUUCUCCUGAAGACAAAGACAGUGCAGAUGUCUUGAAGGCAAGUCCUGAAAAAGGGAAAGGAAAAGUGGACAUCCAGGCUUACUUGAAGCAGUGGCAAGACGAGAUCCUUAAAAAGGAAGAAAACAUUAAGGAUUUGCCCCGGAUGAACCAGUCCCAGUUCAUCCAGUUCUCCAAGACCUUGUAUAACUUAUUCCACGGUGAUCCGGAAGAAGAACUCCUGUUCCGUGCCAUCGCUACCGUUACCGGCCUCUUGCUGAGGAUGGAAGAAGUGGGACGAAAGCUCCAGAGUCCCACGUCCCCAACCCGUAGAGGAACAUCUCCCACGGUUGGCCCUACGACCUCAGAAGCCUCCCAGACUGGGGACCCAGCAGCCCCUACCUCCAGUUCCUCCAGUGAAGAAGGCUGGUCGUUCGCUUUUGAGCAGAUCCUGGCCUCUUUGCUCAACGAACCUGCCUUGGUGAGGUUUUUUGAGAAGUCCGUCGAUGUCAGAGCCAAAUUGGAAAAAGCGAAAGCCACUCAGCUAAAAGCACGAGCCGGCGUAUAAUAACCCCCUCUUUCCUCUGUGUAAAACAAUCCCAAAACAAGGAGGUAAACCAUUCGAGUUUGACAUGCACCCUGAAGAUUUAGUCCAGUUCCCUUAAUGGCAGGGCGCUGUACGUGGCUUUAAUUGUAAUUUUUGUGUGGGGCGGGGGUUCAAGUUGUAUGAAGCACAACUGCACCCGAUCUUUGCAUUUUAAUACACCAGAUUUUUAUAAGGCCAACACAGAGCAGCUUGUGGGAGGGGAAAAUAAAACCCUAGAUUGUCUCCUUAAGAGUGCAAGAUUUCCAAGUACUCACUUUUCAGGCCCCCGUUUUGCUGGGUCGUCUUAACGUCGGCAAUUUUUUUUUUUUUUUGCGAAGAGUUUCUUAAAACUUGGAAUGUAGGUCUGUUUCAUGCACCACAGGCAGGAUCUCUGACCAGUUUAGGAUACCGAUUUAGGAAAGCCGUUCGUAUCCAUCGAAGGGAGAAGGCAAGAAUUUUUUAAAAAUAUACAUCUCUUUAAAGGCAGCGCUUGCCUCCCACUGAAGCGGACAGCGUUCAGUUUUUGCAACUCUGCAAAAAAUCUGGACAACUCGCCAGGGCCAAGAGUUACACUAAUACCCAAGAAAGGGUGGAACAGAAUCAUUGAAGGAUGCAAAAAGGAGGGGACAGAACAGAACAAAAAUUUAAAUAUAUUUUUAAAUUUUAUUUUGAAUAAUUAAAUUGAUUUCUUAGAUUGUCCUGCGGUGAGUUAGCCUCAGCGAGUUAGUUGGCUGUGGCAAAUCAUCCCAUUCUUCUUCUGGACAUUUCUUCUACUCAACAUCCAGAAACCAGGGUAAUUUAUCCCAAUUUUACAAGCAGGGAAGUUGCGUCAUACUGCAAUCUUCCUCAAAGUUAAGUAAAAUUCUGAGGUUUCCCCUUUGAAAAACCAUCUAGUCAAGUCAAACGAAAAGCUAGGAACAGAAAUUCCAAAUAUUUCAGCUGCUUUAAUUCUACAUACACAACGCUGAAAAUGACUUGAGAGGGGGGGAAAGCUAUUUAACUCUGCGGUAAUUCCUUUAUGUAUUUUUCCUCUUUUUUGGGUGGAAACCAUUAUUUUCACAGGGUCCAAGAUCACCAAGGCGUUUAGUAAAAAAAAAAAGGGUACUAGUAAGAAAGUUGGAUGCUAUUGCACACACACAAAAAACUCAUCUUCGUGUUGCCCAGAUGGGUUAAGCCUGACCCCCAAAGGGUGAGGCUUAAUGUUGAGCCAGGAUCUAGUACUUAAAUCCUAGAGAUCGAGUUAUGUUUCAGGAGGAAGGGACUUGAAGUUGUAGGCACAAGAAUCAAGGAUGAAAUCCUGCCAGCCUCAGGUUUUGUAAAAAAAAAACAACCCAUGGAUUAUGAGCCUGAAGCUAACUCAUCGCUAUUGGAAAAUAGAACAGUGAAGCUUUAUUCGUUACGAGCAAAAAAUAAUUAGAAUUCAUUCUUCAAAGACUCUCCAAGAAUCUUAUUCCUCACAGACUUUUCAAGUCUUUCAAGGAUGAGAAUUUUUUUUUAAAAAAAAAACCCAACCUCUAUUGCCUUUAAAACUCUUUUCAAUUUACCUUAAUCCAAACAGUGCUUUAGUAAAA